AUGGACACAGAAUGGACAGAGGGCUCAAGAAGCCGCCUCCAUUCAAACAGAUUCAAACUCUUUCCCCAGGUCGAAGAGGAGUACCUGGACUCCGUACUGGAUAUCUCCGCCGUUGACGAGCAGGGCAGAUUCGUUUCAAUUCCAGCCGCCAUUGUGGAGGGCUUGCUGGGCAAAGAGGGCUCCUGUCGCGUGGCAGAUGUCGGUGUCACAACUGAGAAUGCGCUCGUUUCAGUGUUCACUGAGAGCUUUGUGCGCGAUGGCGCCGCGCUUCGCUACUUCGAUGCUGAGUUCUCGAGAUAUGCAAACCUCCUCUCGGCCCACCUGGCCGUCGCAAAGAUGCCGGUGACGUCAAGAUCAAGCUCGUUGCUUCAUGAGGCCGCCAAGCCGAAAUCAGAAGGUCCGACGCUGACGGAGGAGGUUUGCAGCAAGUGGCUGAAGGUCAUUAGCAGCCACAGGCUGAUCUGCAUCUGGUGCCUGGGUCCUGAGAGCGGGACGCUGGAACUGAAGCCUUGGGAUGCCGAUGCCGAAUCCAUGCAGGUCACCCUAAGACCUGGCCGCCUCGUGAUUGCUCGUGCGGAUGCGCUUCACCACCGCUUUUCGUCCGUGGGCUGCGCUUACUGCUUGACAUGUUUCCUCAACAAUAUCGUCGCUGCCGAGCAGGAGCCCGUCAGCCCUUGCGGGCUCGCCCUGCAAGAAUGGGCUAAAGAGAGGAUGAGCCGCUACAAACAGAGCACGGUGCAGGAGCAAAGAUACAUGGAGAUGCCCCGAGAAUGGGAAGAGAAAGCGAACCGAAAUCUUGUUAACACGCAACGGAUCGCUCUUCGAACGGCCUGUGUGAAGCAGCCGGGAACGGAAGACGCCUUGGGAUUUGCCCUGGCCAUGAAUGCUGGCCCAGACUUCGCACUGAGUGUCCCAAUGAUGAGAUGGGAGCACGAGACGGUGUACGAGGACGACGUUCAGGCAUGGCAGAAUGGUAAAACGUGCUGCAUGCACGGCACAUUCAUUGAUGGUGUCGAGCUCUUCGACUGUACUGCCUUCCGAAUCUCCAGAGCUGAAGCCUCCGGCAUGGAUCCAGGUCAUCGACUCACCUUGGAAACAGGCUACGAGGCACUUGUGAAGGAUGGGUACAGAGCAAACACGCUGAUGAACAGUCGGGGCGGCGUGUACGUGGCGAAUCCCCCGCCCAUGGAGUGGAACAUGACGCCCAAGGACAUCGCUGCCGGCGGCGUCUGUGGUGGCGGCGGAAGUAUCGCAUGCGGCCGCUUCUCCUUUGUGCACGGCCUUAAGGGUCCGUGCAUCAGCGUUGAUGUCGAGGGAGCCUCUUCGUUGGUUACGGUGAAUUACGCCUGUGCCAACCUCUCCAACACUGGGGGCUGGGAGCCCAUCCCCUUCGCGCUCUGCAACUCCUGGAAUCUCCAGCUGAACCCCGCGCCGUACAUCCAUCUUUCCUCAUGUGGACUGCUGUCGCCGAAGGGGCGCACGUUCACUUUCGACGCCUCUGCUUCUGGAUACAUCCGCGGAGACUGCGUCACCUCCCUCGUGCUAAAGGCCGGCAACGUCGAGGGAGAGGAGGUGAACGAGCUCGGAUACCUGGCCGGAAGUGCCACGAAUCAAAGCGGAAGGAGAAGUCACCUGGCUGCCCCGGAUUGUCUGGCACUGCAAGAAGUGGUGCAUGAGGCCCUCCGGCAAACACAGAUAACUCCGCUGGAUGUCGAUGCAGUGGAGAGCUGCGCGGAUGGAAAGAUUCUGGACGACUCGCUCGAGGCAACCGCCUUUGCUCGGGCAUUCCGACCACAGGGUACACUCAACGUCGAUGAUGCGGCUCCGCUGGACAUCAUCUCGGCCAAGUCUAGCGCCGGUAACCAGCUGGAAGCCAUGGGCAUGUCCCAGAUCAUCAAGGUGAUCCUGGGAUCCCGUGCAGCAGCCCUCCACCCGACCCCUCAUCUCAGGAUCAUGAAUCCCCACAUCGACUUGGAGAUGUGCGAGCGGAAUGCCAUAAUCUCGAGCGAGUCCUUGGAUUUCCGUUUGCCGUCGACUUUCACAGGAAUCCUGAACCGCAGCAUGGCUGGCACGAACUGCCACGCCAUUGUGUUUGCCAAGGUGCCUUCAGAGGUCUACCGACCUCGGAAGGCUAUCCUCGCACCAUACAAGGAGGCUGUUCAACCCAUCCUCUUCUGGCCGAAGGGAGGCGGCGGCCUCCCCGAUGAAAUGCAGCCACGGAUGGGGUACAACAUCAUGGGUACCUUCAACAGGUGGCGGCCGCAGCCCAUGGAGGUGGAAGCACCAGGUGUGUAUGGGGCCACCAUCAUCCUCAGUGAGAACAGGUGGGAGCGCUUCCAAAUUGCCCUGGAUGGUGACAGCACGCGAGUGCUCCACCCGAUGCUGCCUGAGGGUGACAAGUGCUGCCCAGUCGCUGGCCCCGAGGCUGCGCUUCAGAUCCUCAGCUGGCACAUCGAUGGCCGCCCAAAGGACGCAGUGCAGGCUGAGGACAUGCCAGACACGAGCCAGCAGAAGCAGCUCACCAGUGGCGCUUGGACGGUUAUUGUGCCUGAUGAGAUGCCCACCUUCGAAGACACGGUUGCCAUGGCAGGGGAUAGGUUCCGCGUCCGCCUGCAUGUGCAAGGACGCUGGAGGAUGGUAGACUGGGAGAAGUUGCCGAAGGCCGAGGAUGAAGACACACCUGCUGACCGAGCUUUCCGUGCAAGCUUGGAAGGACUCAUCGGCACAUAUCAGGUGGCCGGCAGCUGGAACAUGUUUGAUUGCCAGGCGAUGAAGCCAGACCCCGCUCAGAGGCACCUGCACCGAGUGGAGGUCACGAUCCCUGUAAAUGGCGAUCAUCAGUUCCACAUCCUCCGGAACGAAGACCGGAGCCAGGUCAUAGGGCCAGAGUCCCUCAUCUCUCGAGUUGGUGGUCGAGCCCUGCUGCGUGCAUGGGACCAGCGCAGCAAACUCCACUCCUGGGCAUUCCGUGCUUCUGCUGGUGAUGUUUUCAGGAUAGAGUUUGAACGGCAGGCCGAAGCUGGAGAGGACAAGAUGAAGGUGAACUGGGAGUGCACCAGCACUAAUGCCACCGUGCCAGAGGAUUUGGCACUGCUCCACGUGCGGCGGAAGUACAUGGUGCGACUUUGCUUCGACAGCUGGAGUGACCAUUCCUACAAGAUGGCAUGGCAAGGAACGUACUUCCACUUGUUCGUAGAGCUCAAUGACCUAGCGAAGGUCAGCUUUGUAAUCUACGAGGACGGCCAAACAUCCAGAUGCCUCUUCCCUUCCGUGAAGGAUGCCAAUCCAUACGAGGGCCACGAGCUCCAGGGCCCAGGGCCAGCGACCGACGGUCUCUUCUGGACGAUCGGUGCCCAUGACAAGGAUAAGGCCAGUGUCGGAAAUCGCUACGAGCUGCGCCUUCACCUGGAGGGCAAUGUGCCGAUGUCCGUCGACUGGGCCCUGCUGAAGUCGACAAAAGGUCUCGAGGAUGCGGCCGCUAAGGGCAACUUUGUCGCGUGGCUGCCCGCAAGCGCUUAG